AUGUUGUCGAGGGAUAAUACUCAGCGCCUAGUGCAGCGGUACUUCGACUUCGCUGUGCCGGUUGACCGAUUUAUCCAUCGGCCGACUAUAGAGGCCUGGCUUGAGGAAUUUUAUGAUUCUGGUGGUGCAAUGCAUGCCAAGCCGAAUUCACAUGCGCGUCUCGCUCUCCUUUUCAUGAUUUUUGCACUAGCGCAGGCGCACAUGGAUCCGAGUCCUACUGCUGCCGGAGCUGAAAUGAGCGUCCAGGCGCGGCUGUGCCAGUGUCUCUGGCUCCUCUCUGAGUCCCGGAUCAAUCAUUGCUGGACACUGUUUGGAACUGUUGCACGGCUAACCUACGCAAUUGGCCUCCACCGCAAAAGGAACGCCGGCUAUGUCGACCACAUAGAGCUCGAAUGCCGGCGCAGGACUUUCUGGAGCGCCUACGCUCUUGACAACUAUCUAAGCGCUGCACUCGGAAGGCCCCUCACAUUUCACGAUGAAGAUAUCGACCAAGAGUUGCCUUCCUGCGUAGACGACGCUGGAAUUUAUGUGAAUCAUAUCGUUAAAGAUGACAGUCAUGAGCAGUCAGUCAUGCUGGGCCCUGUCGCAUAUGCUAACUCGAUUCUGCGAAACGUCUACUCGAUCAAGCCGUCACCACAGAGUUUAAGACAUGCUUUUGUGACUCAAUAUACUGAGGAGCUGAGGAGCUGGCGGGCCGGCGUCUCUGAUUUUCUCGAUCCGCCAGCGAGAGCGGCACCCCUGAUUCCAAUCUUCCAGCGGCAGAAGAAUGUCCUAAAUCUUGCAUAUUGGCAUACUAUUAUUCUCAUGCACCGACCUUUUCUCUUGCAAAAAUUUACACAAUUGCGGAAUUCGACCGAACCGAGUCAGAACGAUGGCUGGGGGUCUGAACUGCAAAUCGAACAAAGCAUCGAUGAAUGCGUACAGGCAGCUACGAGCAUUGUGCAACUGGUGGAUGAGAUGGUUCAAACAAGACAGCUUUUUCGCGCAUUCUGGUUUACCUCAUACUUUGCUUUCUCUGCGGCGGUGAUUCUCUACAUUUAUACCAUCCAGAAGAGCAAAGAUGCUGGGGAGAGUUACUGGGGCUAUUUAAAUGCUGCUAUCCGUUGUCAACAUCAGCUCUCAAGCUUGGCAGAUGCCGAGUCCCUGGCUGCUCGGUACUGUUUGGUCCUAGAAGAAUUGCGGAUUGAAGCGCUGCGACAGACUGGUCAAAAUAGUGGCCCAGUCUCGCCGGCUGAAAGACCGGAGCUUUCCCUUUCCCUGGGGAGCACGGAUGCAUUUGCCGCGACCAAUGAGAGGCCCACGGGCACAGGUCUUGGCCUCCCUGAUGUUGGCGUGGCCGAGGUUGGAGGUUUUGACGAUUUCAUGCCCAUCGAAUGCUUGCCCGAAAUGACGAGCUGGGCCCAAUUCGAGGAGCUGGUGAGUGCCCCGCGGGAGGAACUAUACCCGCCUAGAUAA